AAUUCCCUUGUCUUCCUGAUUGAUUUCAAUUAUGCAUUUACUUUCUUUCAAUCUGUUAGAUUCCUAGUCAACUGCAUCAGGAUGAUGACAAUGAGCAGCAGGUUGAUGAUAAUGAGCAGCAAGAUGAUGAUAGUGUGCAGCAUGUUGAUGAUAAUGAGCAGAAAGACUGUGAGGUUGGACUUUAUUUGCCAAAUUAAAACCUAGAUUCGAAAUUAAAGGCUGGCAUCACGACUUGGUAGCCCAACCCAGACCGCAGACUUCAAUGCUGAUUGUGAGGGUGAAAAUAAGAUUCAGAUCCAAGCAUAAAAGAGGAUACAAUUUUAAAAAAUGAAGUUGCUCAAACAAGUAUUGUCAAUGCAUGCAGGUCUGUGAAAUGUCAAUUAUCUCAUUAUGUAUGAUUUAUUUAUCUGAUGUGUAGAUAAUAUAUGUUGUGUAUAAAGUCUGCAUCAUUUUGCAGGUCCCUAGUUCUUCAAAUUAACCUGUAAGCAAUUAGGCUCUAAAACUAUAUGUGAUGUUGGUGACACCCUGCUGAAAAGCCAAAGUGCCAACCACAACAAUCAUCUCAAAAGCCAUGGAGACCUUUUGAUUUUUAUAAGAUCCAUACAUGAAUUCAGACUUGUAAUUAUAAUAGAUGUUGAAUUCAAACUUGGAAGAAUCUGCAACUAAGGGGAUUCAGACCAUGGAGAUAGAAAUGGAAAACAAGCCAGUGUAAUUUACUUUUGAAUUUUUUUGUUCAUUUAAAGCAUUGGUUUUUCUUUAAUUUUCUAUAUUGAUGUUUGUGGUUAUGAUCUAGAUUGUUGGUCGUUUUAAUUUGUCCACGGGAAUACAAAACAUGGAUUGGAGUUCUAUUAGGUGUUAUGGUUUCAAUAGGGUUUGAUUGCUGUAAUUGUAGGCCAUCCAUUGGCCUUGAAACACCUAACAAAUGCUGAUCGAACGAACAACAAGCAGUUAGAAAGGCAUUGUCAUCAAGAGAAAUUAAGAAUGAUUUUGGUAUGUUCCUUGAGUCUCAAGCAUUUAAGCAUGGGCUUUCUGAUUUUUUAAUCUUUUGUUAAUUAGUACAAUGAGCAUAGUCUUAUGGUAAAACUAAUUAAGAUUCUUCCUUUAAAAGUUGUUGGACCAUAAGGUUUUAAUCUCUUGGAGGUGCUCAAUUUCAGUCAGCUGGGAGAGUGACAGGAUGUUGAUCAGUCUAUUAUACCUUGAGUAGGUUUCUUUCUGUUGAGUUGUCAUCGACUAAGUUGUACCCAGACUCCAGGGACAUCUCAACCCAUAAUGACUCUAACUCCUUGAAACAGGGAAUUCAAGAUGAAAACAAAGAGAGUCAACCAUGACAACCAGUAGCUAACCAUGGAGAUCAAUGGUAUGGUAUUGGAGACCUAGUGGUGGCAAAUGUGGUUUGCUCAAUAUGUUUUUUGUCUUGAAAUGGUGAUGAAGAGAUUUGAACCCACUUUCCAACGUAGGUCGCAUCUCUCCUGAUAAUUCAGCCAACACCAGCAGUGUCAUUUUUGCUAGUAGCCCAGGGAUAACAUGGCAAGUCUCCGAAGUGAAGAAAUUUCAUCCAAGAUCAAUCAAUGCAAAGUGGAAGAUGCAUAAAUAUUUAAGGCGAUCAAGUGCCAUAUUCUGUCAAAUUAGUUGCUAACCAACAGACAUGAAAUGUGGAAGGCCAAGUUCAACUUGCUAAUGCUUCUUGAAUUUUGAUUGCAAUAAUGGAUGCAUUUGCUAUUGAGUACAAAAGAGCGUUGUGAGAUAGGGUGUAUUGGGAAGCUUCUAUCGAAGCUAGGGACGAGAUUUUAGCAGUCAGAUGGGUGGUAGAGGCCGACCGAGAAAGAAAGAUCCGCCGCCUAAGGGUGGUGCUGCAACAAAAACAAUUGAUCUGAAAGAUGAUAAUGGGGAGCAAAAUAGCAUCUCAAUGGGUCUCGAAAUUGAGGAAUCAGGGCGUUUGAGUCCAGAUCUAGGGGAGAAAGAAAGGGACGCUAAAGGAAUUUUGCUAGAUCUAGCAGUUUCGACGCAAGGCCAGAGGAAAAGCAGUUUCGAUGCUAGUCCCAGGGAUGGAAGAGUAGAUAAGGGGAAGAGCGAGGCCGGCCCCGUGGAAGGGAAAGUAGCGAAGGGGAAGAAGGGAGAUGUUGGGUCUACAUCUGAUAUGGCAAUGUCUCCUAGUGCUCGGUGGAGUGACCUAAUUAAGAAGGAGAAAGGGGAAUUUCAACCAUCCCUAAAGCAGAAGCCACUGCGUAGUUGGGCUUCGGUUGUGGAAGGGAAUAGGGAUAUCAGUAAAGGAUGGGAUUUGCAAUACAUAAAACCUCAAGAUCCAACUGGUGCUAUGGUUAUUACUGAGGAUGAGUGGGUUAAAGGGUCAAAGAUUUGGGAGAAUGCUCUUGUGCCUAAGGCGUUUAUGCUGCGAAAUGGAGUUUUCUUGUUUGAUUUUGGUAAUGGAGAUGCAAAGCAGGCGGUGCUAGAGAGGCGAUGGACAUUUAAUGGGCACCCUUUGAUUUUGAAUCAGUGGACUCCAAAUUUUGAUCCUGACAAUUUGGAUAUCAGUAAGAUUCCUGUCUGGAUCCAAUUUCCUGAACUCUAUUUGAGUCUUUGGAACCUUGAGAGCUUAGGAAAGCUAGCAAGCUAUGUGGGAGUUCCUAUUGCAACUGAUGCAUUAACAGCUAAAAGGCAAAGAGUGGCUUAUGCUCGUAUGCUAGUAAAGAUGGAAAUCAUGGACACUCUGCCCCAUGUAGUUCCUAUUAUUGGUCCUAAGGGUGUGUUCCAGCAGCCUGUGGUCUUUGAAUGGGAGCCUGUCAGAUGUGGUAAAUGUAGAAACCUAGGGCAUGAAGAGAGAAACUGUACUACGAAGGAAAAAAAGGUGUGGGUUCCAAAAAAACCUGCCAAGGAGCAGGUGGUCAAUCAGAUAGUUGGCACAAAGUCUUCUGAGGGAAAUGAUGAAUUAUGUGGUGGUGAAGUGCAAACUGCUACUAAUUCAGCAAAUGUGAAGCAAAGUACACUUUCACGUCCUUCUGGAAAGCUGAUAGUGGAAAGCAAUGAGCAAAGUCCAGUGCAACUGGAAGUGGGAGCUAUGAAGUCAGUGAAUCUACAGAGUGAGACUAGUACUGGCAUAGGGGAUAAAGAGAUGAUGCAAAAGGCAGCAGGGGGAGAAUCUUCUGUAAAUUUGAGGGUGACUGAAGUAAUACAAACAGACCAAUUGCUACAUGUUGAAGUAUGCUUUAUAGUUGGGGAUGUUAAAUUUUUGUGCACAAUUGUCUAUGCUUUUAAUACUUUUGAUGGUAGAGUAGCAUUAUGGGAUCAAGUUAGAGCUCUAGACGUUGAAAAUGUGCCAUGGAUAAUUUCUGGAGAUUUUAAUACAACUCUAAAUUAUGGUGAAAGGGUGAAGCCUAGUGGAGUUGUUUGGGGAGGUACCUCUGAGCUCAAGGAUUUUGUUAGUAGAAUGGAGGUUUUUGAUUUGCAAUUUUCAGGUGCUUUCUUCACUUGGAGUAAUAAGCAGGGGGAAAGUGAUAGGCUGUGGUGCAAGCUGGACAAGGUAAUGGCUAAUUCAACAUGGGUUAGUGCAUUCCCAAAUACUUCUGUUGUCUUUCUAAAUCCACAAUCCUUAGAUCACUCACCCUCUUUAGUGACUGUGGAUGUAUUGAUGAACGAGAAACCAAGGCCAUUUAGAUUCUGCAAUGCUUGGUCUAAGGAUGAAAACUUCCUUGAUCUGAAUGCUUUAUUUGAUGAGACUUUGGCUGUAAAGGAAAAGGAACUUCAACGUGAAUUAACUAAGCUUGAGAGAGCAAAUUUGUCCGUAAUUGCCCAGCAAGCUAAAGUAACUUGGCUAAAGGAGAUGGACUCUAAUUCUGCUUAUUUUCAUGCUAAAGUAAAGGAGAGGCAGCAUAGAAGUGUUAUAAACUCCAUCCUGAACAGUGAAGGAGUUAGAGUGACUCAGCCUAAACUUAUAGAACAAGAGUUUUUAAUGUUCUAUCAAAAGUUGUUUGGAAAGGCAAAAGAAGGUGUUCAAGCAGCUGAUAUGAAUGUUAUACGCAGGGGUAGAGUGUUAACUACUAAAGAGUCAGAAGAGUUAUGCAGGCCAUUUACUGCUAAGGAAGUGGAGACUGCCCUAUUUUCAAUUCCUUAUAAUAAGUCACCAGGGCCUGAUGGAUUCACUUCAGGAUUUUCUGUAUUGAUAAACAGACAGCCAAAGGGUUAUUUUCAGGGGCAACGAGGGCUUCAACAAGGUGAUCCAAUCUCGCCUUAUCUAUUUGUGCUAGUGAUGGAAUAUCUCACAAGGAAAUUGAAGGAGUUAGAUAUGCAGGAGAAGUUUAAAUAUCAUAGUAAGUGUCGCGUGAUGCAACUUACGCACUUGAUCUUUGCAGAUGACAUUAUGCUUUUUUGUAAGGCUGAUGAGGAGUCCACUAUUUUGAUGAUGCAAAAGUUUGAGGAGUUUGCCCGAGUCUCUGGGUUGGAAGUGAAUAGAAUGAAGAGUCAGGUUUUCUUCAGUGGUGUUAAAAAAAGGCAGAAAGUUGCUUUAAUUCAGAAGCUGGGUUUUGCUGAGGAACAACUUCCAGUUAGAUAUUUGGGGUUGCCAUUGAUUUCAAAAAAGCUGUCUCCUGGGGCAUGUAAAGUUCAACUAGUUAACUAUGUUUUAUUCCACAUUCAAGUUUUUUGGAGUGGUGCUUUAUUGAUUCCUAAGAAAGUGUUAAAGCUAAUUGAUGCUGCUUGUAGAAAUUUCAUUUGGUGUGGUAAAUGGAAUUAUAAUGCAAUGUCUCUUAUAGCAUUGGAUGAUGUAUGUGUACCAAGGAAAGAAGGGGGACUAGGUGUGAAGAAAUUGCUGCAUUGGAAUAAGGCAACAUUAGGCAAAUUGGUUUGGAAUAUAUGUCAACAUCAAGAGUCGCUAUGGGUUAAGUGGGCACAGGUGGUGCUGUUGAGGGGUGAAAAUUUUUGGAAGGUUAAAAUCCCAGCAAAUUGUGCUUGGACAUGGAGGCAAGUUUUAAAACUUCGUCCUCUACUGAAAAAUAUCAUUUGUAUGCAAGUGGGAGAUGGAAGACAAGUUUCACUAUUCUAUGAUUGGUGGGCAUGUGAGUUAAGGUUCUGUGAGUUGAUCUCAAAGGAUGAGAUUGCUGUUUGGGGCCAUGACUUUACAGUUAGUGAGUGGUGGGAUGGUUUAGAUUGAACCAUUCUAGAUAGUUUUGUGAGAAGACAUCCCAUGCUUGUCCAGAUUAUUAGAUGUCAAAAACUAUCUCAACAAAUGGACAAGGCUGUA